CGCCGCGCCGCGGGUACAGCAGGUUGUCGGGGGGAUUCCCUUUAUCCGUUCGUUCAGCACGAAGGAGGAAAGGAAGGAAGGAAGGAGGCGCUGGUCGUCUGGAACCGAAAUCACGAGCGUGUGUAGUGACAGCUAGGGGGCUCGUGGUCGCCAGAGAAAGAGAAGAAGAAGAAGAAUGUGUAACCGGAUCGGCGCGUUAGUUUGCUAGCUCAUGCACACGCGCAGCUCACGAGCGCUGCUGUUUCAUCAAAUCCAAUCGACGCUCCUGUUUUUAAAGCGCGCCAUCAGACAGUCUUCCAGGAUAGUCAAGUGUGGCUCUCGUGGCAUGACUACUACAAGUAAGGGAAACAAAGCCCUGAAGGUGAAGCGGGAGCCAGGCGAGAAUGGCACGAGCCUUACGGACGACGAGCUAGUGUCGAUGUCAGUGCGUGAGCUGAACCAACACCUGCGCGGCCUAUCCAAGGAGGAGAUUGCACAACUAAAGCAGCGACGGCGCACGCUAAAAAACCGUGGCUAUGCCGCCAGCUGUCGCGUCAAGCGCGUCACGCAGAAGGAAGAACUGGAGAAGCAAAAAGCUGAGCUGCAGCAAGAGGUGGAGAAACUCGCUUCUGAGAACGCCAGCAUGAAGGUAGAGCUAGACGUGUUGCGCUCCAAGUAUGAGGCGCUGCAAAGCUUCGCCAGGACUGUGGCACGCAGCCCUGUACCAGCUGCCAGGGGCGCAAUCACGCCAAUCAUCGUACCAGGCAAGGUGGCCGCCACGAGUGUCAUCACCAUCGUCAAGUCCAAAACGGAGGCACGCUCGUAAUGCACAAUGCCUUGGUCAGUGAAUCAUCAUCAAGCACAGAUCUGAAACAUCUGCUUUAAACGAUACAGCAGUUAAAUAUGCUCUGCCUCGCAGUGUGCUUAUUACGAUGGCAUGUAUGGCGAGUUUUGGUCGUUAACCUCCAUUAAGGCCUUUUUGAUUUUGCAUAACUGUGUUUUUUGCCAUUAACCUCAAGUGUUCUACUGUACAUUCCCAGAUUUAGCACAACCUUUUAUGCACCAUAGUAGGGACUGUUAGCCUAUAAUGCAAAAAUAACACAAAAGGCAGAGCCAACAUGUCUACAUAUUUCAAUAAAACCACGUACACUGUCAGCGCCUUCACAAAUUAUAAGCAAAACACAUCUUACUAGAUGAUAAUUUGUAUACACUCACCAGCCUCUUUAAUAGGAACACCCAUACACCUGCUGUUUUGCGCAGUUAUCUAAUCGGCUGAUCCCUGGACAGCAGCACAAUGCAUCAAAUCCUGCAGGUACGAAUCAAGAGCUUCAGUUAAUGAUGUUCACUUCAAACAUCAGAAUGGGGGAAAUUUGUGAUCUCAAAAGUGUGACUUUCACUGUGGCAUGGGUGUUGGGUUGAGCCGGAUGGACUGGUUCGAGUAUUUCAGACUCUGCUGAUCUCCUGGGGUUUUCACACACAGUCUUUACACAGAAUGGUGUGUGU